AUGGUCCUCGACUCCAAGUGCCCCAACUACAGCAAGUGGUCCUCCUCCUUUGAGUCCAUGUGCGGCAAGUUUGGGCUCAUGGUGCAGAUCGACGGCUCCACUCCGGCGAAACCAGAGGGUGCACAGUGGGCUCAGGCCAACUGUGUUGUUCGCAGCUGGAUGUAUAGCUCCAUCAGCGACGAUGUCCUCGACAUCACCAUGGAACUGAACCAACACGCACGCGCUCUCCGGGUCACCAUCAACAACGAAUUCCACUCAAUGUUUCAAGGUGAUCUCUCCAUCUUCGACUACUGCCAACGCCUCAAAACAUUGGCUGAUUCCCUACGCGAUGUUGGCCACUCCGUCUUCGAACCACAGCUCAUCCUCAACAUGCUUCGCGGUCUCAACUCUCGCUUCUCCAACACCGCGGACGACAUCGCCAACUUGACACCAUUCCCCUCCUUCGCCAAGGCAUGCUCCAUGCUCACCUUGAAGGAGCUUCGCCUGGCAAAUGAAGUCAAGGUUACCAACCUGAGCAAGCAACACGCAGCGAGUUUAGCAACAAAAGCAAGGAAGGUUACAACUCGCGAUCGAGACCAAGACCCCAUCCACCGGUUCGUCGGCCGCCAUGGACAAGGUGCUGGCCUUUUCGAUCCUCAGCGCGUCGCCGGCGCCAGCCUCGGCGGACGCCGGCCCCGGCUUUCGUGGCGGAGGAGCGCGGACGACCAGGCGGCGCAGGCGAAGCGGCAGCGGGGCAAGGAGGAGGGCUCGCGCUCGCACGGCGACAAGGAAGAGAUGAGACGCGCCCCACGGUUCGCGCCGGAGUUCGAUGGGAUCGACUGCUUCGAGACCAUCGUGUCGCAUUAG